CAUUUGACAGCUAGUCCAAAGCAAAUUUCAUGAAAGAUCGUCGUAAAACGCUGCUGAUUAAUAGAUUUUAAUAAAGUUUUCGGAAAAUUGCGCUGUUAUUAACAUCAAAAGUGUGAAAAUGGUUGUCCAAACAGCGGAACCUGCUGCGGCAAUCCAAGAUGUCGAGAUGGAAAACGUCGAAGACAUCGAGGUAGCAAAAAAAGAUGCUGAGUUAAUGAGCGUUCAGGAGAUUCGGGAGCACGCUCGGCAAAUCGACAAAGCGGUCGUCAGCAAAGAACCGAGAUUUAUAUUGCGUGUGCUGAGAUCUCUGCCAAAUACGAGACGAAAACUCAGCUUGGUAGUAGUGCGAUCAUUAGCAGUGCAACUUUAUCCUGCUGGUUCAGAACGAGACGGUAUCUUGACAUACAUUGAAGAGUUCCCGGAAGGCAGCCAGGAGCCGGAGCUACCAAGACCGCGAGCUGCGAUUAAGAGUCCUCUGCCGGAAGUGGAUGCCUACUUUCAUUUGCUUUUGUUGGUAAGACUGUUGGAUAAAAAUGAGCUAGCGAAAGCGUCGAAAUGCUCCCAAGAUUUGAUGGCAAAGAUUGUAGGUCAAAACCGAAGGUCUUUGGAUCUAAUAGCUGCAAAGAGCUACUUUUAUCACUCUAGAGUUGCGGAGUUAAAUAGCGAUCUGGAGAGCAUUAGAGGUUUUCUGCACUCUAGAUUGCGAACCGCUACACUGCGAAACGAUUUUGAGGGACAAGCCGUUUUGAUCAAUUGCUUGUUGAGAAACUAUUUGCACUAUUCAUUGUACGAUCAAGCUGACAAACUGGUCAAUAAAUCGGUCUUUCCGGAAACAGCCAGCAAUAAUGAAUGGGCUCGGUUUCUUUAUUAUCUGGGUCGUAUCAAGGGAGCUAAGUUGGAUUACAGUGCCGCCCACAAACAUCUUGUUCAAGCACUGCGCAAAGCUCCCCAGCAAGCGGCCGUAGGUUUCCGCCAAACGGUUCAGAAAUUGGUGAUAGUUGUUGAGCUUCUUCUCGGAGACAUUCCCGAGAGGCAAAUUUUUCGACAAGCUGCUCUACGUCGUUCUCUUGGUCCUUACUUUCAACUUACCCAAGCUGUGCGAUUGGGGAACCUGCAGCGCUUCGGAGAGGUGCUUGAAAAUUUCGGUGAUCAGUUUCGUCAGGACCAUACGUUCACUCUGAUCAUUCGUCUGCGACACAAUGUUAUUAAGACCGCUAUUCGAUCCAUUGGGCUUUCCUAUAGCCGCAUUAGUCCUCAAGACAUUGCCCGUAAGCUUGGACUGGACUCUCCUGAAGAUGCAGAAUUCAUUGUUGCAAAAGCAAUUCGUGACGGCGUUAUUGAAGCAACUCUUGACCCGGAGAAGGGUUAUAUGCGCAGUAAGGAAAGCACCGAUAUAUAUUCGACCCGCGAACCACAGUUGGCGUUUCACCAGCGCAUCAGCUUCUGUCUGGAUUUGCACAACCAAAGUGUGAAAGCGAUGCGUUACCCGCCUAAAUCGUACGGCAAGGAACUAGAGAGUGCCGAAGAGCGACGCGAACGCGAGCAACAGGAUCUUGAGCUGGCCAAAGAAAUGGCCGAGGAGGACGAUGAUGGAUUCUAAAUAAGGUUUAGCAAUGCGUUUAGUGUCGGUUCGUAUAUUUAAUCCAGCAUUGUUCAACUCAACUUACAUAAAUUUAUUCUGAUCCACAAUAAAUUGCUUUGCCAUUGCA